AUAUUUCCUCUGCUACGAUGGUGAGAAUAUUGAUCUACUUCUCAAUGAUUUUUAUGUAUAUUCAAACUGAACUCUUUAGAUGGUUUGUUUUGUAUUCUUCUCUAAACACUAAAAUAAUGUAAAGUAAAUGUGACGUGAGUUUAUCUGUUUACUCCACAGAAACUAAUAGAACACAGAAAUAUCACUUGAUUAGAGAGAUGAAGACCUGGCAGGAAGCUCAGAGUUACUGCAGAGAGAAACACACAGACCUGAUCAGUGGACUGAAGCAGCUACAGGAUGAAGAACUGAAGAAUGUGAUGAAAUCUGCAGACAAGGAUCCAUACUUUGGUCUGUUCAGAGACACCUGGAGGUGGUCAGAUGGAAGCAGUUUCUCUUUCAGACACUGGAAAAAUGAUCUUAACAAUCAGCAACUCAACACUGGUCGAUGUGCCAUGAGUCAGAAUAAUAACGAAGGCAGAUGGAAAACUGACAGCUGUGAUCAGAAGAAACCCUUCAUCUGUUAUAAUGAUAAUUUAAAUAAAGUGAUCCUUAUCAAAGAAAAUAAAACCUGGGAGGAUGCCUUAUAUUACUGCAGAUAUCACUACCAUGACCUGGUCACCAUCACCAACAAGAAUGAGCAGAGAUGGGUCCAGGAGAAAGCCAAGAACGCCUCGACUGAUCAUGUCUGGAUGGGACUGCACUACGCCUGCACUCUGGAUUUGUGGUUCUGGGUCAGUGAUGAGGUGGUCAGCUAUAAGAACUGGGCCUCAGAUGCACCGAUGGAUGACUGUGACAUGUCUGGAGCCAUGGAGACAAGAGGAGAACAUAAGUGGAGAAAGAAAAAUAAUACUGAGGAGUUUAACUUCAUCUGUUCUAAGGAUUAAGUUCUUCUUCUUCUUCAGUCUUCCUUUUUGCUGCAAGUUACUGUUAAAUAAAUAUUUUGCUUUAGGUCAAAUAAUUACUUUAAAUAUAAAAUAUUUUUUAUUCCCAAACCUCGUUAACUGCACUAAAGCCCCUGAAGUGAAACUGGAUUUAAUUUUUCUGGACAGCUUCUUAUAUUGUAAUCCGCCUCGCCAAACCAUCAUAUGUGGCCUGUUGAAUAAUAUCAUUACAUUUAUUAUUAAUAAUCCACCAAUAUAGUGCUCACAUCAAUCAAAGCAUAUGUCCCAUAAUGCACUGCAACUACUACUAGUAACUCAAGGUGGGAGCUGCCCAAGUCCAGCUUGUCAUAACAAACCAAGUUAGCUUCGCUGUGUCGCCAAGUCCACAUUUAGCUGAACGCGUUCAUUUCACUAACUUUGAUUCACAAACACAAAUAAUCUAAAACUUUCUCUUUUGAUCUGUUCUUUUUUAAUGUGGUGAGAGCACCUGCACACAUCCAGAUGGAGCUUAUAAAACCACAGUGU